AUGGGGCCCAUGCUACUGCCCCUGGCUCUGCUGGCCCUGCUGCUGGGGCCUGCGCUGGCCCGGGGUGCCCGGGACCCGGAGGUGUUCUGUGGAGCGUGCAGGGCCCUGAUGGACGAGGUAGAGCACGACAUCAGCAAGGCUCGGCAGAAGAAGGCCAAGGUGGGCUCCUUCCGAAUCAAUCCUGAUGGGACGCAGGAGAGGAGAGAGAUCCCCCUAGCCCAGUCGGAGGCGUUCCUAACGGACCUUUUGGAGAAAGUCUGUGAGCGAAUGAACGACUACAAGCUUGAGGAAGACCCUGUGACGAAGGAGAGAACUUUCAAGAGAUUUGCUCCUAGGAAAGGAGACAGAAUAUACCAAGAAUUUAAAAAAUUGUAUUUUUAUUCUGAUGCUUACAGACCUUUGAAAUUUGCGUGUGAAACUAUAAUAGAAGAGUAUGAAGAUGAAAUAUUCUCACUUAUCGCCCAGGAGGCACACUAUCUAGCUGACAAGCUGUGCAGUGAAAAAUCAGAUCUGUGUGAAACUUCUGUUAAUCAUACUGAGCUCUAGGAGUGCCGUGCUGCUAGUUGUAGAGAGGAGUAAAGUCACACCCAAAGGUCAAUGUCUGCAUUUUAUGUUUGCAUGUUAUCUUUCAUGAUAAGAAAUUUUGUCUCUUGUUUAUACCAUGUUUGUCUCCGUUUAUGAUUUAUUUUGAAAAUCUGUUGUUUGACAUCAUGACAAACCCUGAGUUUUUUUAUAGGUGAAGCUGAGGAGUACAUGAAACUUAAAUUAACCUUUGCAGAUUUUGAUGAAUCAAACUUGAUAAGAAAGAAUUUAAUUCUGUAUUGGGGGAAAAAGUGAAGACAUUUCAUAAACAAAAUAGGGAUUUCAUAAUGUAUGCUGUUUAUUUUAUAACAGUGUAUGUGCACGUAUACAAGUGCAGUAGCUAUCUGAUAAGAACUGAAUUUGAAUUCUCAAAUACUUGAUUGCCUAUAAAUUUAAGGAAAUACAUGGCAACAAAUUCAAAAUGUGGUCUUCUGGGUGAGAUAUGGCUAUUGGUGAAAGAAACAAACUCACUUUUUAUCAGGAAUGAAAUUUAAAUUUUUAGAAACCACAAGUUUAAAAAUUCAUCUCUAAAAUUUAGUGGAGUGUGUAAAAACUAAUGAAUGCUUUAAUUUAUAGUAAACAAUAAUUAUAUUGGCCUCUCAAACACCAAUCUGAGUUUAAAUGGUUUAGAAAGUUGAAUUAUUAUUGCAUCAUGUGUUAAAAGAUGACGCUAGUGAUUGUGUUUUGUUUUACUCCAAACUCUUCUGGUUUGUUUUUC